CCCAUUCCCCAAUUCCUUGUCUUCUGCCUCCUCAGAACUACUGCAGCUCUCAGCCCUGAACCAUGGCAGUGAGGCAUCACCAAGAGUUUUCCUUCUUGCAUGCUUGAUGCAGAAGCUGCACUAUAAAACACAGCACUGAGGCAGCCACAACUUCCCUCCUUCUAAUAAAGGAGCGACUGGGCCUUAUCUCCACUGACUCUCAACAAGACAGUGAUUUGACUAACUCAAUUUCUAUGCUGUUAUUCACAGCCAUCUUGCUCAAAAAAACCCAAAACCAUCCAAAAUCCUCAUUUUUGCCAAAUUCCAGCAACCUAACCUGAAGCUUUUUCAGCCCUGAUCUCUAAAGACAGAUGGGUGAAGACAAAUCCAGCCUGAACCUGACCUGUUGGGGUGCACAGUACCCCUGCAGCUAGCCAGCUCCCCUCAGAGCACUGUAAGGACAAAAUGAGGUCUCGGCUUCUCACCCCACCGCUGUGCUGCUCCAUAACCCCACACCCCUCAGCUGCCCGGCUCCCACCACCACCCUGCUCCUCCAGCUGGGCUGCCAAAGCAGCAGUAGCUGCUGUAACAACACUCUUUGUGGCUCUGACCUCAGCCAACACCGAUUUACACCCGUGUGGGCUUCUCCCGGAGGCAAAAACACCUCAGCGCUGAGGUCAGGGCGCGGUGCCACAGCCCGACACCACCACCCCCAGCCCGCAACCGCCGCUCGGCGCCCGUCGCCAUGGCCACAGCCCGCGUUCCUGACGCUGCUGAGGGGCAGAAGGGAAAACCGAGGAGGCGGCCGGGCGCUCAGCUCUCAGGCAGCCCCGCCGCCGGGACAAGCGGGGCUCAGCGGGAGCCGCCGCCCGUUGCGGUUCCAGCGAGAGGAGCGAGCCCCGGCAGCGGCCCCGGUGCGGCCCGGCCGCCAUGGAGGCGGCGGCGGCGGAGCAGAGGCUGAGCGGCGCCGGUGUCACAAAACCCCGGCUCAGCUACAGCAGAGAACUAGAGCUGAAAACGACGCUGCGGGAGCUGAUUGUCUACAUCAUUUUCCUUUUCACGCUGUGUCUAGUGGCAUUUGGGAUGGUGAGCACCAAGAUGUUUCACUUGAACGCAGUGAUGUCACGUCUCUUUCUGGAAGAGUCUUCUGAUGAAGGGAUUAAUUUCAACAGUAUUAGGAACGUGGAUGAUUUCUGGAAAUUUGCAGAGGGACCCCUCUUGGAUGGACUCAGCUGGGACAAAUGGUAUGGCAACGUGACAUCAGACCUCCAGGAAAACAGAAGCCAUAUUUACUAUGAGAAUUUAUUGUUAGGAGUAGCCCAGGUUCGCCAGCUGAAAGUACACAAUAAAACCUGUUCCUCCUACCCACGCUUCCAGAAUUUCACAAAAGACUGUUACCCCUCGUACCGUUAUAAUGCAGAAGACAAGUCUGACUUUGGUCUAAAGAACGGAUCUGAAUGGAAAUAUACUUCUGCCACUUCUUUAUCCCCAUGGUACUGGGGAGAGGUAGGCUUUUACAGGAGUGGAGGAUUUAUAUUCACCUUGCUGAAAUCAAAAGAGAAGAGCAGAGAGAAGUUGGAAUUUCUCAGGAAGAAUGGUUGGCUCACUAGAGGAACCAGGGUUGUAUUUAUUGACUUCUCAACAUAUAAUGCUAACCUAAACCUUUUCUGUAUAAUCAGGUUGGUGGUAGAGUUCCCUGCCACUGGGGGUGUUCUCACCUCCUCGCGUAUCUACUCUGUGAAGCUCCUCAGAUACGUCUCGUUUUAUGAUUACUUCUUGGCUUCUUGUGAAAUCGCCUUCUGCGUCUUUAUCAUUACAUUCAUAAUCCAAGAACUGAUAGAAAUAAAAAACCUGAAAAUGGAGUAUUUCAAAAGUGUCUGGAACUGGCUGGAUUUGCUGCUGGUAGCGGUAUCCAUCCUUGCCAUUGGCUUCAAUAUCUACCGCACCAUGGCAGUGUUCCUGCUUAUGGAAAAUUUGUUGUCUCCUGAGAAUGUUUAUCCAGACUUCUAUUUCCUUGCUUUCUGGCAAAUCCUUCAUGACAACAUGAUUGCCAUCUGUGUCUUCUUUGCUUUUAUGAAGAUAUUUAAAUUUGUAAACUUUAACAAGACUAUGACACAGCUAUCCUCCACUUUAUCUCGCUGUGCCAGUAACAUCUGCGGAUUUGCUGUCAUGUUCUUCAUCAUUUUCUUCGCCUACGCAGUGUUCGGCUAUCUGGUCUUCGGGCCACAUGUUGAAGACUUUUCUACUUUUCCAAACUGCAUCUUUUCACAGUUCCGUAUUUUGCUGGGAGAUUUUAAUUUCCUAACCAUAGAAGUAAACAGGAUCCUUGGACCUCUUUACUUCAUCUCAUUUGUAUUCUUUGUGUUCUUCAUAUUGGUGAACAUGUUUUUGGCUAUUAUAAACGACACCUAUACAGAAGUCAAAGCAGAUUUUGCAGAGAUACCCAGUCAAGAAAUCCACAUCAAAGACCUCGUCAGACAGAGUUGCAAUAAAACCCUUGUGAAGCUCAGACUGAAGAAACCAGAGGUGGAGGACCUGCAAAGCAAGGAAUUUUCAUCCACUGAAAGAAAGGAUAUUUCCAAGCCUUCCAAAAGAAACAGUGGUAAUGAAAAGAAGUCGAGGUUACGGAAAGGGAGAAAGCAUCAUCUCAGGAUUCCACCUGACAACACUGAACCAGGCGCUGCUUCUCAGAGCUCUGUCUCCCGUGCAGAAUUUCAGCAGCUCCUUGGAUAUACAGCUGAGUUGGAAGAGGAAUUAAACAAUGUUAAUGCAAAACUCAACAGAAUUAUGAAAAGCAUGCAACAGAUGAAGGAAUUUUCAGGCAUGACAGACAAGUAAUAUGGCUUAGCUCAUCUGGUAACAGAGAUGGCUUUAUUCUUCAUACAGUUGAAAUUCAAAGUCAAAAAAGAGCAAUUCUUCCCCUGACACUUUUUUAUAUAUUUCUGGAUAAAAGAUGCAGAAAUGUUAAUAAAGGUAUAUCAUUGUUA